UAUCUAAUUACUUUCAUUUGUCCCGUGGUCACAGUUCCUGCAUAUUUCAUUCUAAUGGUUAUUCAUCGAUGUUAUUAUCUACAAUUUUAACAAAUUAUGCUGUAUUUUAUCGUCCUUUUACACUAUUGCAAUAAACGUGUUUGCUGCCGGUGAGAGUUGCGUAGAACUGGUUAAUCCUUUAGAAGCCCUGCAAUAGUUUCUGAGGGCAUUAUCUUAGAGUCGUGUUUGAGAAGCCCUAGAAAAAUCAGUGAGGACCAAAAUUGACCGAAGCUCCAUCUGAGCAUGAGUUCAAAGGUUCUGUUGACUUAGUGAAAACCCCAGUUAAUUAGCAGCGGUAGUUUGCAGAAACAUGCUACGUCCAGUGCUCUACGCUGUCUUCAUCUCAUCAGCCAUCGCCCUGCCUGAAACUGGCUGGUACCCCAAAUAUCACAUCGCACCCCAACAUGGCUGGAUGAAUGACCCCAACGGCCUCAUCUACUUCCAGGGCUUCUACCACGUAUUUUGGCAAUACAACCCCGCGGCGCCCCAAUGGGGUUUAAUGCACUGGGGUCAUGCUAGAAGCCCCGAUUUGCUCACUUGGGAGCACCUGCCCAUCGCCCUUGCCCCAUCCCUACCCGGGGACAUCGAUGGGGCAUUCUCAGGGUCAGCAGUUCUCCUGAAUGAGACCCUCACCCUCAUUUAUACGGGGGUUAGCGAGAAUGGCACUCGGCAGGUGCAAAUGGUUGCAACCAGCCAGGAUGGGGUCGCUUUUGAAAAGUUGGGGGUAGUAAUUGGGGGGAAUGAGAGUAAUUUUCGAGACCCCAAAGCCUGGUGGCAGGACGGGUCUUGGUAUGUGGUUAUUGGGGCCCAAACCGCCGAUGAACGAGGACAAGUUUCGCUCUAUAGUUCCCCAGAUUUCUUCAACUGGACGCCACAAGGGGUUUUGGCUCAAGCAGACCCGUCCUUGGGGUACAUGUGGGAGUGUCCAGACUUUUUCUCCUUGGAAGGAAAGCAGGUUUUGGUGGUAAAUCCCCAAGGCAUCCAGAGCAAAGGAGAGGACUUCCAGAACCUGUUUCAGACUGGGUAUUUCGUAGGGAGUUGGGCCCCAGGAGGAAAUUUUGCUGUGGAAAGAGGCUUCAGGGAGUUGGAUCACGGGCACGACUUCUACGCCUCUCAGACGUUUGAGGCGCCCGAUGGAAGGAGACUGGAAAUAGGCUGGUUGGGGAUGUGGGAGUCCCAGUUCCCUGAAAACGCCUCAGGCUGGGCAGGGAUGCUUUCCCUCCCCCGGGAGCUCACGCUCUCCGAUCAGGGAGACUUGGAAGUGCGGCCCUUGCGGGAGAUUCAAAGCCUACGCACUGAGCGCCUGGAGGUUCCUCAAACCCUCCACAUAGCCCCUGGGGGAGGAGUGGCGAUACUCCAAAACAUCUCCCAUAGUGAGGUGGCUUUGGACUUCAAACUGCACAACUCCAGCAGCAAUUCAUUCGCAAUUCAGCUGACUAAGGAGAGUUUUGAAAGAGACGGAGGCGCUCAGGUGCAUGUAGAUCGCAACUGCAGCAGAGUUUUCCUGGAGCGCCACUAUCCUGCCUACAAUAUAACGAGAAGCAGCAGGAGUGUAGCUGUAAACCUAACUGGCAAUUUGUCUUUGGAUAUUUUCAUCGAUGGCUCUUCAAUGGAAGUGUUUGUGAACGAUGGCCAAGCGGUGAUGAGCAGUAGAAUUUACCCGGACGCUGAGCUCAGAACGUUUCUGAUCACUGCUCAGAAUGGCUCAGUGGCAGUAGAUAGACUUAAAGUCUGGGACUUGUAGUUAUCAAUGAUAAAUGCUAUUUAAACAGU